GGAAACUCCCCACUUCAUAGGCUGUGAGCCCUCGGUGCGAGAUGUGUCAUUAACUCUGCGUUACGAGGCUCCCCCGGGGGCCUCCAGGGGCAGGUGAGCUAUGGGGGGGUUGGGCGCCCCAGCAGUGUGUCCCAGAGAUGUGACUGCAGACGGGACAUGCUCUGGGCCACCCAGCCUGUGCUGCCCCAAAGGGGACGGAGACCAGGCUGCAGAGGGACUGGGUCGGCACAGCUGCGGGUAAGAGCCGGAGGCUCAGCUGGAAGUGGGGGUCUGGGGGUCAGCCAGCUGCAGGCCCGUCCAGGCCCCCAGCCAGGAGGAGACCUCAUCUUGUGGGCGAGCCGAAAGAGGAACAACGAAGCCCGGGUCAUGGCUCCCAGCUGGGAGGGCUCGAGCAAGAGAAGUCACUCCCGGUCUGGUCAGAUGGGAUGUGGCAUUACAGAGGGCAGAGGGGUGGCUGACAUGACCCAGAAACUUUCUGGCCUUUUCAGCUUUCUGGAUGGACAGGGAGAGAGAGGAGGGGCGACAGAGGCGAGUCUCCUUUCUUUGCCUGCCCCACCCCCCCCUUCCGCCCAAGCCCAAGCCAAGGAUCUGUCCGGACUCGAGAGGUGGAAAUUCUGGUUUUCCAGAACUCCCAGGGCUGGCUCCGGCACUAUGGGCACCUGGACGGCCGCGUUCCCGGCCCAGCCGGGCUAAGGCCUCUGUCCCCUGCCUCCAGGGCCUGGGGAGCCCCUCCACCCCAGAGUCCGGUCACCUGGGUUUCUGCGCUGUGGCUAGCUCAAGGGUAUGCAGGAAGGGGCGGGUGGCUGGGGGUGGACCAUUCUGGGGACACAGAUGCAGCGACCCGGGGAGACAGACUCCAGGGAGAGGGUCGGCUGCGGACGCUUCGGCAGUGCCGGGAGCCUGCUGGGCUCCUCAUCGCCUCCCUGCAAGGAGAGGGCCAGGUAGGUCUGCACAUCAAACACCUGCAGACCCGCGCCUGGCUGGGCCGAGGGGAGAGUUCAGAGCAGGCCCGCCCGGGUCAUCCGAGGCCAGGGGUGAAGGCACAGCCCCAGGGUACGCGCUGAUCUCAAAGUGCGGGGAGAUACCGGUCCGAUUCACCUCUAUUUUAAGUGUGGGAAUCUGCUCUCCAGAACCUCCCCUUCCUGGGGCCAGGCAGGGCUUUGGGGUCUGGACUAUGGGGAAGGGAAGGAAAGGAAGAGACAGCAAGAAGGACUUCCUGAGAGUAAGGAGAGCAAAGACAGAGCGGGGCCAGUGGUGGCCGGAGGUCAGGACGAUGGCCCGACGGCAGGACUCGGACCCAAAGGGCAGCGCGAGGCAGCGGGCCGGCGCCUGUGGUGAUGGAAAGCCAUCUGGUGACAGCUUCACGCUGAGCAUGGCCCUCCCAGCCCCGGGCCGGGACCCCUGGAGCCUCCUGGGCCUUCUCCUCUCCCAGCUGUUCCUGGCUGUGCCGCUACCGCUGACCGCAGGGGGCGGAGGGCAGGAACCCUUGCCCAGGAUCACGUACCGCGCAGGGGAGGGACGCAGGGCUCUCAGCCUCUUCCACCAGAAGGGCCUCCAGGAUUUCGACACCCUGCUCCUGAGCGAUGACGGAGGCACUCUCUAUGUGGGGGCUCGAGAGGCCAUUCUGGCCUUGGAUAUCCAGGACCCAGGGAUGCCCAAGCUGAAGAACAUGAUCCCCUGGCCGGCCAGUGACCGGAAAAAGAGUGAGUGCGCCUUUAAGAAGAAGAGCAAUGAGACACAGUGCUUCAACUUUAUCCGUGUCCUGGUCUCUUUCAACGCCACCCAUCUGUACACCUGCGGCACCUUUGCCUUCAGCCCUGCUUGUACCUUCAUUGAACUCCGAGAUUCCUACCUGUUGCCCAUCUCCGAGGACAAGGUUGUGGAGGGGAAAGGCCAGAGCCCCUUUGAUCCUGCCCAUAAGCACACGGCUGUCUUGACAGAUGGGAUGCUCUAUUCUGGCACCAUGAACAACUUCCUGGGCAGCGAGCCCAUCCUGAUCCGCACGCUGGGACCCCAGCCCGUCCUCAAGACCGACAAUUUCCUCCGCUGGCUGCAGCCGGACGCCUCCUUCGUGGCCGCCAUCCCUUCCACGCACUUCGUGUACUUCUUCUUCGAGGAGACGGCGAGCGAGUUCGAGUUCUUCGAGAAGCUCCACACGUCGCGGGUGGCCAGAGUCUGCAAGAACGACGUGGGCGGGGACAAGCUGCUGCAGAAGAAGUGGACCACCUUCCUGAAGGCCCAGCUGCUGUGCUCCCAGCCAGGACAGCUGCCCUUCAACGUCAUCCGCCACGCUGUCCUGCUGCCCGCCGCCGCCUCCGCCGAGCCCCGCGUCUACGCGACCUUCAGCUCUCAGUGGCAGAUCGGUGGGACCAGGAGCUCUGCUGUCUGUGCCUUCUCUCUCAAGGACAUCAAGCGUGUCUUUGAGGGGAAGUACAAGGAGUUGAACAAAGAGACGUCACGCUGGACGACUUACGGGGUCCCCGAGAUCAGUCCCCGGCCAGGCAGCUGCUCCGUGGGCCCCUCCUCCGACAAAGCCUUGACCUUCAUGAAGGACCAUUUCCUGAUGGAUGAGCAGGUGGUGGGGACUCCCCUGCUGGUGAAGUCUGGUGUGGAGUACACGAGGCUUGCGGUGGAGACAGCCCAGGGCGCCGACGGGCACAGCCAUCUGGUCCUGUACCUGGGCACCGCCACAGGGGCCCUCCACAAGGCUGUGGUGAGUGGGGACAGCGGUGCUCAUCUGGUGGAGGAGAUCCAGCUGUUCCUCGAUCCGGAACCUGUCCGCAACCUGCUGCUGGCCCCUGAGCAGGGCGCAGUGUUUGCAGGCUUCUCAGGGGGCAUCUGGAGGAUUCCCCGAGCCAACUGCAGCAUCUAUGAGAGCUGCGUGGACUGUGUCCUGGCCCGGGACCCCCACUGUGCCUGGGACCCCGAGUCCAGAACCUGCCGCCUGGUGCCCAGCCCCAUCCCGAGGUCCUGGAGACAGGACACGGAGCAAGGGAAUCCAGGGUGGGCAUGCGCCACUGGGCCCGUGGGCAGGAGCCACCAGCCCCAGAGCCGUCCCCAAAUCAUUAAAGAAGUCCAGGCUGCGCCCAACUCCAUCCUGGAGCUCCCCUGCCCCCACCUCUCGGCCUUGGCCUCUUACCGCUGGACUCGCGGUGCGGCCAAGAUCCCAGAAGCCUCUUCUGCAGUCUACAACGGCUCCCUGGUACUGCUGCUGCAGGGCGGGGUAGGAGGCCUGUACCAGUGCUGGGCCACAGAGAACGGCUUCUCUCACCCCGUGGUCUCCUACUGGGUGCACAGCCAGGACCAGCCCCUGGCCCUGGACCCUGAGCUGGCAGGCAUCCCCCGGGAGCGUGUGGAUGCCCCACUGACCAGGGUUGGGGUUGGGGCCGCUCCGGCUGCCCAGCGGUCCUACUGGCCCCACUUCCUCACAGUCACUGUGCUCCUGGCCUUAGUGCUUUCAGGGGCCCUCCUCCUCCUCCUUGCCUCCCCGCUGGGGGCUCUCCGAGCCCGGGGCAAGGUGCAGGGCUGUGGGACCCUGCCCCCAGGGGAGAAGGCCCCCCUGAGCCGGGAGCAGCACCUCCAGCCUCCCAAGGAAUGCAGGACCUCGGCCAGCGAUGUGGACGCUGACAACAACCACCUGGGCACGGAGGUGGCUUAGGCUCUGGGCAGGGCUGUAGCCAUGUAGGGUAGGGUAGGGUGGGGUGCCCAGCUGGGCUGCCUGGGGGACCUGGGGCAGUGUAGCCCCAGGACAGGCAGGAGCACAAAACACCGCCUUCCUGUUGUGCCGCUGGUGGUCCUCAGCAGGCCGGACACAGCGGCCUGAACCCCUGUGGGCUGUCCCUCCACCGCGCACUGGGCUCUCCACCGGGCCAUCCCAGACCCGGACCAGCAAGACCUGGAGCCCAUCCUUCAUCUCCGGCCGUUCCAAGACCUUCCAGAAACAUGCUGCUCCAGGAGCCCCUGCGACCCGGGACUGUUAAGGCCCCCGUGGUAACAAACACCGAGGUACAAACGACUUAGCAGGCCGCUGCCCGGAGACCCCACGGGGGGCCGCUGCCGCCGCCGCCACGGACACCAAGGCUCCGCUGUUCCGGGUCCCUGCCCGGAGCUGCCCCUCCUGCUCCCUUACCAGCCACAUUGCUGACUCCUGGGAAGUCCUUCUGGAGCUCUGACCACCUUCCUUCUUGUUUCAGCCGGGGCGGAUUGUGGCCCCUGCCGUGGCUGGAAGGACGGGGUAAUCUGAGCCUUGUUCCCUCCUCCACUCUGGCUGACCUCUUGAGCCCUCUCCUCUCCCCUUUCCUUUAUUUUGGGAUCCAGACUACCACUUAUCACAGACAGUUUAUUUUUUAUUAAAAAGACAAAGCUCA